GGUAAUUGGCAAGCUGACUAUAAAUGCCCUGGCACUUCAUCUCAACAGCAUUCAUUCUCGCAUCGACUUCAAAGAGACAAGAAGUACACACACCAAAACCACACCAUGAAAUUCUUCAUCUUGACCGUUGCACUUUUGGCCGUUGCCCAGGCGAGACCCGAUUCCUUCGAUGCGGCAGCCGAGACACGUGACUUCAAGUCCGAUGUCAACGAGGAUGGCAGCUAUAGCUAUCAGUUCCAGACCUCCAAUGGCAUCGCACAGCAGGAACAAGGUGUUGGUGGCCAAUACGCCAGCGGUUCAUCAGCCUACUACGCACCCGAUGGUCAGUUGGUGCAGUUGACCUACACCGCUGAUGCUGACGGUUACCAUCCAUCGGGUGCCCAUUUGCCCACUCCACCACCAAUCCCAGCAGCUAUCCUGCGCUCCCUGGAAUACAUUCGCACACAUCCCCAUCAGGAGGAGCAGCGUCUGGCCCGUAGACACUUUUAAGUAGCCUCGCUCACUCCAGUCAUAAAAGAUCAUCAGUUUUUCUUUGUUAAUUAAUGCAUUUUGUAUGCUUCAAUGCUAACUGCAAAAUGUCUUCAUAUCUACCGGCUAAUUUUUAAGCUGCCUGCAAAUAAAAAAACACAUUCCAUUAAUACUCGUUUUCUUUCUU